CACACAAAAGUCCUUAGCAUUUCCCUCUUCUUAAGUUGGUUUACUUUACUUCCCAUGAAGUUAUGGACUUCGUUUAAUAUUCUUGACUUAGUAUGUGCCAUGAUGCUUACUAUGAUGUCUCAUGUGGUCCAACCAUUACAUGUGGGGUACUUAUUUAACAUAAGUCCUAAUAAAACACUUUUAGUUUGACUAUAGAACUGAAUCUUAGGACAUUUCUUUGUUUAACUACCUUUUAAUACACCAAGAAAGAUAAGAUAAGAGCCAACAACGAUGUUUCUUGGAAGUUUACUGCUUAAGUGCUUGUAAGCCAAGUAGCUCUGGAUAAUUUAUUGAACUUGCUCACUAAGCUACAUAGAAUAAAUAAGAGACCAAAAAGAAAGGCAUUUCAAGAAAAGUCAUUCUUCUUUUGGACAAUAGAUAAUCUUUUCUCUUUAGUCUCUUCAGAAGAAACUUUUUGGUUCGUUUCUUUGCUUCAUAGCUUUUGUUAUAUUCUGAUUCUGGGAAUUACUUCGACUCUAGUCACUAAUCCACCGGUUGAUACUUUCGGAUUUGCAUAUAAAGCAUUGAAUUUUUACCUUUUUUCUGCCUCAAGAAUCGAAAAAAUGAAAAUCUUUCUUAGGUGUUUCAAACCCAAAUUCUACAAGAAAUGCAAAUCUGCAACAAGUUACAUGAAGAUUCGGCUAGAAAUAGUAAGGAAAAGAAGGAUUGCAAUGAUUAAGUUUCUGAAAAUGGACAUUGUGGAAUUUCUCAAGAAUGGCCUUGAUUAUGAUGCAUAUAGAAGAGCAGAAGUGUUACUUGAAGAGCUUAGAAUUAUAUCGUGUUAUGACAUCCUUGAGCAAUUCUGCGAUUGUAUCUCAGAAAAUCUCUCUCUUAUGCUGAAGAAAAGGGAAUGUCCUGAAGAAUGCAGAGAAGCAGUUUCCUCUUUGAUAUAUGCAGCUGCAUGGGUUCCUGAUGUUCCUGAACUUAAGGAUCUCAGGGCCGUGUUUACGCGUAGAUUUGGGAGUUUCAUUGCUUCUUCUGUCAAUUAUGAACUCGUUGAGAAAACUGAACUGAGAAGAAGACCAUCACGUGAGCUCAAGAUUCAGACAGUGAAAGACAUUGCAAAAGAGUUUUCUAUUGAUUGGGAUCCUACAGCUUUGAACCUGUUGCUGCUUAGACAAACUUCAGCUCUGCAAAUUGAGGAUAAGGUCGAGACAGGAGCUGAUGAUCCGAAUAUUGAGAGAAAGAAAAGUAUUGUUAAUGAUCAAAGUGAGAAUGAGUCGGUUCUUUCACAGGCUUGGACAAGAGAUUCAUUGUCAAACCGUAGUUUAAGUUCGAGUUCAAGCUCAAGUUUCGGUUCUCCAAGAAGAGGCACUGAAAAGAAGAAGAAGAAGAAGAUUCUGCCUUACGGAAUAAUCUCUCCUUCAGAAACGAAACCAGGAGCUGGAAACGAUGAGAAAGCACAAGAGGAGAAGUUAGAGAAGAAGAAGAGUAUCGAUCAAGAAAACUCUAAGUUACUUAAGCCACAAGGCAGCGAAAAGGAAGCUUCUUCAACAAGAAAGAACGAGAGAACGUCGUCCUUUCAGAGACCUAAGCUCUUGGAUUAUGAUGAUGUAGUGGCUCGGCUUGCAGCUCUUCGCCGGAGAUAAGGUUUUUAUAAUUGUAAUUAGCUAAUUAGAAUUCAUUUUAUUAAUUAUGUAAGUAUAUAUCGCUGUUAGCUUGAAAUAGUAUAUUAGUUGUAUCUUUUCACCAAAAAAAAGUGGAGACUAAUAGAACAUACUGAGAAUCAAAUAUCAAAAUGUAAAAUAUUUGGUGUUUCUGUAAAUUAUUUUGACAUUUCCAAGUUGUUUUAAUUUUA